AUGGAACAGUUCUUUCAACUAAUUCUUACCGUCUCUGCUACAACAUGCAGUAGCUAUAAGCAAGCAAUGCUCUGUGUUAACUCAGGAGUAAAAACAAUUCUCUUCUGGCUCUCUGUCAUGGCUAAAUCUCUCAAUUUUAUACUCACCAUUUUUCUGGCUUCUUCCAUUGCCUCCGAGCUCAAUGCACGCCCUUUGGACUCCAGUCUAGCUCUCGAGUCAAGACUACAACUAGACAGUGAGUCCAGCUGCUGGGACAACUUAUUCGAGCUCCAAUCCUGCACUGGCGAAGUCAUUAUGUUCUUCCUCAACCAAGAGAUGACCUAUUUGGGCAACAGCUGCUGCCGAGCCAUCUACAUAAUCGAACAUGAGUGCUGGCCUUCCAUGCUUACCUCCCUUGGCUUCACCCCACAAGAGGGGAAUAUACUCCGUGGCUACUGCGAUGCAAGGGAUCAGCCUAACCAUUCUGCUCCACCAUGUCCAGAAUAA